AUGAGUACAUCCUCUACUUCGAUUCAAGGUCAUAUUCCAAGUUCAUGUAUACCAACAACCAAAGAAUCAUUACCUGAAGGUAGACCAGCCUUUUAUCUUGAUAAUAGUAUCAUUGUGGACACUUCAUAUGGAGUAGACUCUAGAUUAAAGUUAAUGGUUCCUGCAGACCACUGUGUAUUGAUUGAUUCAAACUACUAUCAAUCUAUUAAACCCAUUGCAGUGUAUCACAAAUUAAUUAAAGAGAUUCCAUCUACAUCCCCUCAAUCGGUCCCAAUUACAUAUUACAAAGGAUGGGUUCCUGGAUCAUCUAGUUUUAAUGCAUCAACUAUUCAAGCGUGUGAUGAUCAAUCAAAUGUUGGUAAUUUAUUCAACUAUGGAUCAAGUAUUCCCAGUCAAACUACCCUAUCUAAAAAUGUUGAUAUAGGAAUUGGAACAUUUGAAAUCUAUCAAACCAUUCUGGUUUACGGUGUCAGUCCAUCCUUUUCUGUAUGCUCAGUGUACAGAGAUGAUUUGUAUGCAAUCAAUGUAACCAAUAUUAGAACUGACCCAAAUCCUGAUAGUGAUGUAAUCUCAUACUUGACUGGAAGGGGUGCAAGUAGAUGGCAUUAA